AUGGCACAAACCAGGGGCCAAGCCAAUGGCACGAGCCACGUCGUUCCACAUAUGAACGGCAAGGCUUCGUACGCCGAGAAACACAAGAUUGCCGACCAUUUUAUCGGUGGCAACAACCUGGCCAAUGCUCCGGCCUCGAAGGUCAAGGACUUUGUGGCUGCGCACGAUGGUCACACCGUAAUCACAAAUGUCCUCAUCGCCAACAACGGUAUCGCUGCCGUAAAGGAGAUUCGAUCUGUGCGGAAAUGGGCUUACGAGACAUUCGGCGAUGAGAAGGCCAUUCAAUUCACUGUCAUGGCCACACCGGAGGAUCUGGCAGCCAACGCUGAUUACAUCCGCAUGGCCGACCACUACGUUGAGGUCCCAGGAGGCACAAACAACCACAACUAUGCCAAUGUCGAGCUCAUCGUUGACAUUGCCGAGCGGAUGAAUGUCCACGCCGUAUGGGCUGGCUGGGGUCACGCCUCCGAGAAUCCUAAGCUUCCCGAAUCCCUCGCCGCUUCUCCCAAGAAGAUCGUCUUCAUUGGCCCUCCCGGCUCUGCGAUGCGCUCUCUGGGUGAUAAGAUCUCCUCCACAAUCGUCGCCCAGCACGCUGAAGUGCCGUGCAUUCCUUGGUCGGGAACCGGCGUCGACGAAGUGGACGUUGACGACCAGGGGAUUGUUACCGUCUCCGACGGGGUCUACGCCAAGGGCUGUGUGACCUCGUGGCAGGAGGGUCUUGAACGCGCCAGGGAGAUUGGGUUCCCCGUCAUGGUCAAGGCGUCCGAGGGCGGUGGCGGUAAGGGCAUCCGAAAGGUCGUGUCCGAGGAGAACUUUGAGCAGCUGUACAAGGCUGCUGCCAGCGAGAUUCCCGGCUCUCCCAUCUUCAUCAUGAAGCUGGCCGGCAACGCGAGACAUUUGGAGGUCCAGCUCCUUGCUGAUCAGUACGGCAACAACAUCUCCCUCUUCGGCCGUGACUGUUCCGUGCAGCGCCGUCACCAGAAGAUCAUCGAGGAAGCGCCCGUCACCAUCGCCAAGGACGAGACCUUCAAGGCCAUGGAGGAGGCCGCCGUCCGCCUGGGCAAGCUGGUCGGCUACGUCUCUGCCGGUACCGUCGAGUAUCUCUACUCCCACGCCGAGGACAAGUUCUACUUCCUCGAACUCAACCCGCGUCUGCAAGUCGAGCACCCUACCACCGAGAUGGUCAGCGGUGUGAACUUGCCCGCCGCCCAGCUUCAAGUCGCCAUGGGCAUUCCUCUCCACAGGAUCCGCGACAUCAGGUUGCUCUACGGCGUGGACCCCAAGACCGCCACUGAGAUUGACUUCGAGUUCAAGAACCCCGAGAGCGAGAAGACCCAGCGGCGCCCGCGCCCCAAGGGCCAUACCACCGCCUGCCGUAUUACUUCCGAGGAUCCCGGCGAGGGCUUCAAGCCGUCGAACGGGGUGAUGCACGACCUGAACUUCAGGAGUAGCUCCAACGUAUGGGGUUACUUCUCCGUCAGUUCCGCCUCGAGUAUCCACAGCUUCUCCGAUUCGCAGUUCGGUCACAUCUUCGCCUACGGAGAGAACCGCUCGGCAUCGCGGAAACACAUGGUCGUCGCCCUCAAGGAGCUCAGCAUUCGUGGUGAUUUCCGAACCACUGUCGAGUACCUGAUCAAGCUCCUCGAGACGGAGGCUUUUGAGGACAACACCAUCACCACCGGCUGGCUGGACGAGCUCAUCACCAAGAAGCUCACCGCCGAACGGCCCGAUCCCAUGCUUGCCGUUGUCUGCGGUGCCAUCACCAAGGCUCAUAUUGCCAGUGAGGGCUGCAUGGCCGAGUACCGUAAGAGCUUGGACAAGGGCCAAGUUCCCUCCAAGGACAUCCUGAAGACCGUUUUCACCGUCGACUUCAUCUACGAAGGUUUCCGCUACAAGUUCACUGCUACCCGCGCCAGCAGCGACAGCUACCACCUCUUCAUCAACGGGUCCAAGUGUUCUGUCGGCGUUCGCGCUCUCAGCGAUGGUGGUCUCCUCAUCCUGCUGGACGGCCGUAGUCACAGUGUCUACUGGAAGGAGGAAGUCGGUGCGACCCGCGUGUCCGUCGAUGGCAAGACCUGCCUUCUCGAACAGGAGAACGACCCCACCCAGCUGAGGACCCCCAGUCCCGGCAAGCUCGUCAAGUACCUCGUCGAUAACGGCGAGCACGUCAAGGCCGGCCAGAGCUUUGCCGAGGUGGAAGUCAUGAAGAUGUACAUGCCCCUCGUCGCUACCGAGGAUGGUAUCGUCCAGCUCAUCAAGCAGCCCGGCUCUACCCUCGAGGCAGGUGACAUUCUGGGCAUCUUGGCCCUCGACGACCCCAGCCGUGUCAAGCAGGCCCAGCCCUUUGUUGCCCAGCUCCCCGUCUACGGCGAACCCGUGGCCGUUGGCACCAAGCCUGCUCAGCGUUUCUCCGUCCUCUACGGCAUUCUCAAGAACAUCCUGCUGGGCUACGACAACUCGGUCAUCAUGGCGCCCACUCUGAAGGAGCUCAUCGGGGUCCUUCGCAACCCAGAACUGCCUUACAGCGAGUGGAACGCCCAAUUCGCUGCUAUGCAUUCGCGCAUGCCCAACAAGCUCGACGCGCAACUGGCCCAGAUCGUCGAGCGCUCCAAGGCUCGUCAGUCUGACUUCCCGGCGAAGUCGCUUGCCAAGGCUUUCCAAAAGUUCAUUGACGAGAAUGUCGCCAGCGGUGACGCUGAGCUCCUCAAGACCACACUUUCGCCCCUGACGGCCGUCAUUGAAGCCUAUAUCGACGGUCAGAAGACACACGAGCUCAACAUCAUUGGAAGCCUGCUCGACAUGUACACUGAGACGGAGAAGGUCUUCACCGGCCCCGGCCAGCAAGAAGACAGUGUUAUACUGAAGCUGCGUGAGCAGAACAAGGACGACGCCUCCAAAGUUGUGCAGACUGUCCUGUCCCACAGCCGCGUCAAUGCCAAGAGCUCGCUGAUUCUUGCGAUUCUCGAGGAGUACCGUCCCAACAACAAGCCCAACGUUGGAAAUAUCGGCAAGCAUCUCCUUGGCAGCCUACGGGCCUUGGCCGAGCUGCAAUCCUCCCGCGCCACGUCCAAGGUUUCGCUCAAGGCUCGUGAGAUCAUGAUCCAAUUGUCCAUGCCUUCUCUCGAGGAGCGUACGAGCCAGAUGGAGCAUAUCCUCAAGUCUUCCGUGGUCGAGUCACGGUACGGCGAAGCUGCCUUCGAGCAUCGUCAGCCCAACCUCGACGUCAUCAAGGAAGUCGUCGACUCGAAGUACACUGUCUUUGACGUCCUUUCGCUCUUCUUCUCCCACGACGAUCCUUGGGUCGGCAUUGCCGCUCUCGAAGUCUACCUCCGGAGGGCCUACAGGGCUUACGUCCUCGAGGAUGUGCAAUACCACUGCGAUGAGUCUGAUAAUCCUCUGUUCUGCUCCUGGGACUUUACCAUGGGCAAGUUCGGCGAGGGCGAGUUUGGUCUGGCCCUUCAGUCGGCCGCGCCCUCCGCUGCCGCCACCCCUAGCGGACAGGAUUUCAAGCGGAUUGCCUCGCUCAGCGACAUGUCCUACUUCACCGCCAGGGUGAAGGGAGAGCCGUCUCGCAAGGGUGUCAUCGCUCCCUGUAAGUACAUCGACGAGGCUGAGGACAUCCUCUCCAGGGCCAUCGAGACCCUCCCUCUCCAAGGACAGAAGAAGGGCGGCGCCGGUCUCAUCCCCGACCUCUCUGGGAAGCGGAAGCUGCUCGGAGGGAAGCCGUCGGCCGAGGAGCUGAUGCACGUUGUCAACAUUGCCAUCCGCGACUCGGAGAGCCGCAACGACGACGAGAUCCUCACUCGCCUCCGACCCAUUAUCGAAAGCGCCAAGGAUGAUCUGCUCGCCCGUCGCGUCCGCCGCGUCACCUUCAUCUGCGGCCACAAUGACGGCUCGUACCCUGGCCACUACACCUUCCGUGGCCCCGAGUACACGGAGGAUGACAGCAUCCGGCACAGCGAGCCUGCUCUCGCCUUCCAGCUUGAACUGCACCGCCUCUCCAAGUUCAACAUCAAGCCCGUCUUCACCGAGAACAAGAACAUCCACGUGUACGAGGGCGUCGGCAAGGCCGUCGAUUCCGAUAAGCGUUACUUCACCCGUGCGGUGAUCCGACCUGGUCGGCUGCGCGACGAGAUCCCGACCUCGGAGUAUCUCAUCUCCGAGGCAGACCGCGUCGUGAACGACAUCUUCGAUGCGCUGGAGAUCAUCGGGAACAACAACUCGGAUCUGAACCAGGUCUUUAUCAACUUCACCCCGGUCUUCCAGCUGCAGCCCUCCGAGGUGGAGAGGAGUCUGCAAGGUUUCCUGGACCGCUUCGGCCCUCGCGCUUGGCGCCUGCGUGUCUCGCAGGUCGAGAUUCGCAUCAUCUGCACGGACCCCCAGACCGGGCUGCCCUGUCCCCUGCGCGUCAUCAUCACCAACACGUCGGGCUUCGUCGUCGAGGUGGACAUCUACGCGGAGCGCAAGACGGAGAAGGGCGACUGGGUCUUCCACAGCAUCGGGGGCACGAACGAGAAGGGCCCGAUGCAUCUCAUGCCCACCAGCACCCCUUACCCGACCAAGAACUGGCUGCAACCCAAGCGCUACAAGGCCCAUCUCAUGGGCACCCAGUACGUCUACGAUUUUCCCGAGCUGUUCCGCCAGGCCAUCCAGAACACGUGGACGACGGCUAUCCGGAAGAUCGGCCCCCAGGUGGCCCAGCAACAGCCCAAGGCAGGCGAGUGCCUGACCUACUCGGAGCUCGUCCUCGACGACAAGGACAACCUCGCCGAGGUCAAUCGCGAGCCGGGCACCAACUCCUGCGGCAUGGUCGGGUGGAUCUUCACCGCCAAGACGCCCGAGUACCCCAAGGGCCGCAGGUUCAUCGUUGUGGCCAACGACAUCACCUACCUGAUCGGCUCGUUCGGGCCCCAGGAAGACCAUUACUUCAACAAGUGCACCGAGCUGGCUCGCAAGCUUGGCAUCCCGCGCAUCUACCUGUCUGCCAACUCGGGUGCUCGUCUCGGCGUCGCGGACGAGCUCAUCCCCUAUUUCAAGGCCGCCUGGAACGACCCUGAGAAGCAGGAUGCCGGUUUCAAGUACCUCUACUUGGACGCCAAGGCCAAGGAGAAGUUCGACACCGCCGUCAUCACCGAGGAGAUUGAGGAGGAUGGUGAGAAGCGUCACAAGAUUGUCACCAUCGUCGGCACGCAAGACGGGCUCGGUGUUGAGUGUCUGCGGGGCUCUGGCCUCAUUGCUGGUGCCACCAGCCGUGCGUACAACGACAUCUUCACCGUCACCCUCGUCACCUGCCGUUCAGUUGGCAUUGGUGCCUAUCUGGUCCGCCUUGGCCAGCGUGCGGUGCAGAUUGAGGGCCAGCCUAUCAUUCUCACCGGUGCGCCCGCGCUGAACAACGUUCUUGGUCGCGAGAUCUAUACGUCCAACUUGCAGCUCGGCGGUACGCAAAUCAUGUACCGCAACGGUGUAUCUCACAUGACUGCCAACGACGACUUUGCUGGUGUCUCGAAGAUUGUGGAGUGGUUGUCAUUUAUCCCCGAGAAGCGCGGCAGCCCGAUCCCGGUAAGCCCAAGCGUCGAUACCUGGGACCGCGAGGUCGUCUACGUUCCGCAGUCGAAGGAACCCCACGACGUGCGGUGGAUGAUUGGCGGCAAGACGGGAGACGACGGCAGCUUCGCGCCGGGCCUGUUUGACAAGGAUUCGUUCGUCGAGACGCUCGGCGGGUGGGCCCGCACCGUGGUGGUGGGUCGCGCCCGUCUCGGCGGCAUCCCCAUGGGUGUGAUCGCGGUGGAGACGCGCACCGUCGAGAACGUCAUCCCUGCCGACCCUGCGAACCCCGACUCGAUCGAGCAGGUGGUCCAGGAAGCCGGCGGUGUCUGGUAUCCCAACUCGGCGUUCAAGACGGCGCAGGCUAUCAACGACUUCAACAACGGCGAGCAGCUGCCGAUGAUGAUCCUGGCCAACUGGCGCGGCUUCUCGGGUGGCCAGCGCGACAUGUACAACGAGGUUCUCAAGUACGGUUCCUUCAUUGUCGACGCGCUUGUCAAGUACGAGCAGCCCAUCUUCGUGUACAUCCCUCCGUUCGGUGAGCUGCGCGGUGGAUCCUGGGUCGUCGUAGACCCCACCAUCAACCCGACGGCCAUGGAGAUGUACGCCGACGUGGAGUCCCGCGGCGGUGUGCUCGAGCCCGAGGGCAUCAUCGGCAUCAAGUACCGCAAGGAGAAGCAGCUCCAGACGAUGGCGCGCUUGGACCCGGAAUACGCGUCGCUUAAGAAGCAGAUGCAGGCGGCCGACCUGACCAAGGAACAGGAGAACGAGCUCAAGGCGAAGAUGACGGCUCGGGAGAAGCAGCUCCUGCCGGUGUACUCGCAGAUCGCGGUCCAGUUUGCCGACCUGCACGACCGCGCCGGUCGCAUGAAGGCCAAGGGCACGAUCCGCGAGGUCCUCGAGUGGAAGAACGCCCGUCGGUUCUUCUACUGGCGUCUUCGCCGGCGUCUCAACGAGGAGUUUAUGCUCCGGCGCAUGUCGGCCACGCUGCUCUCGACGGCGGCGGCGUCGCCCGAGAGGCGGGCGGAGCACCUUCGUCUCCUCGAGUCGUGGUCGAACAUCAUCAACUUCAGCACGGCCGACCGCGAGGCUGCGGUGUGGUACGAGAGCAACCGCAAGGCCAUCACGGACCGGAUUGAGUCGUACAAGGCCGAGAGCCUGGCGGAGGAACUCGCGGCCUUGGUGCGCGACAAUACCACCGCCGGCAUGAGGGGUGUUCGUGAAGUCCUUCGGGUCAUGCCGCCCGAGGAACGUGAUCAGAUUCUGAAAUAUCUCAGGGAAUAG